ACGGGGCGGGAGCAAUGCCCUGAUUGGGUCAACUCGAGUCCCUCAAAAGCUGGCAAAACAUAGCUGCGAGUUAGCUAGCCAAUUACAGGCUAACGGGGAAAAUGGCUUAGCGUGGACCCCCCACAUCACAUCGACAAUCAUAUAGCUGUUCUUUUUUUGUUUGUUGAUACAUAUGAUUUACGUUUUUAGUAUACCUUGCAAACCUCCUUGAUUCAUGCAAACUCUCGUUUGUUGGAUUUAGCAGGCUCACUCGAACAUCUUUUGACACCAAAACGGCUCAGCUCAACCGGUGCAGGUACAGCAGCAGACCGGGAGAGACAUGGUAGUUCCGCACAGCUCCAGUGCGGUGCAACCAGCAGACAAUGACUGUGCGGAGGGUCUUGUGAAGCCCUCCCAGCCGAGCUACGAGGAGGAGCAGGAGCUAGCAGGGGUGGAGUUGGAGGAGGUACGUAAGCUCCAGGAACUCAUUCGAAGACUCGAGGUCCAGAAUCAAACACUCCGAAACAGGGGAGGCAGUAAGAAUCUACAUCUCAGAGGGACCACCACAAACAACAUUAACCUCACAACCAGUACCAACAUCAAUGAGAUAAUCUCCUCCUGUGAAGGAGUGAUCAACAACAACAACUCCUCUCUCAGGUUGGGGAGCAGUGAACUAGGGUGCAGCAGUAGUGACAUGGAGCUGUCCCCUCCUCAGGACAGCAGUAGUGACUUGGAGCUGUCCCCUCCUCAGGACAGUAAUAGCAGUGAGGAUAUGUCCCAGCUCCCUGUAGUUAACCUGGAAGAGGAGGAUGGUGGACUGUGUGCAGGCUUUCUGACCCUGCCGUGCGGGAACGGACCAGGACCGGCGCAGACCCAGGGGCAAAGCACAACCCCAGAGAGUCCCUCUCUGGACAGCUAUGAGUCUGAGACCCUGGCGGAGAGCGACUCGGGAUUGGACCCGUUGGCCCUGGAUGAAGUGGAUGUUCUGGACCUAUGGGAGGACCUUGCAGAGGUGGAUGACGAGGACAGCUGGUUGUAUGUCUCCCCUAUGAAGCAGGUAGUUGCUGAGCCCAGGCCUGAGUCUCCUCUGAAGUGGUGUCGGAAGGUUCUGGACCACCCCAGCCCAGAGACGGAGGUGGCCUGUCGCACCCUGCUCAACCGUCUCGACCAGACAUCUCGCUGGAGGAGCAUCUACAGCAGCUCUGGUCAGAUGGGGGAGGCUGGCUCCUCUGGCUCCGGCCUCCUCUCUCCUGGGCACCACAACAAAUCCACUAACAAAACCCUACUGGCCAGUGGUGGCUCAGGCUACGUGAGUGUGCACUCUGCUCUGAGUUCCCAGUCGUCUGUAGACAGUGAGCUGAGUACCUCAGACGACUCCAUCACCAUGGGUUACAAGCUACAGGACCUCACUGACGUCCAGAUCAUGGCCCGCCUACAGGAAGAGAGUCUGAGACAGGACUAUGCCUCCAGCUCUGCCUCAGUGUCUCGUCGUAGUUCCUCUGCCUCCCUCCAGUCUCUACGUCGGGGUGGGACCUACAGCGACCAGGAGUUUGAUACCUACAGCCUGGAGGAUGAGGAGGAUGAGUGCUGCUCUCUGCCCCAGCGACGCCUCCGCUACUCCCCCUCUCCCCUGAGCUCGCCCCGCUGCCUCUCCCCCUCCACGGGUUUGCAGGGCCAGGCAGAGUACAGCAGGCUGGGGGCCCCCCGACAACGUGUUCCACGGCGAUCGUUACAGGGGCCCGGGCCCGAGCUGCUAAAGUUCGCCAAGACCGAGGAAGAGGUGAGGCACAGCAUGCCUAACCUGGCCCCCCGCACCAGCCUGCGUUCCCUGGAGGCGGUCAGGAACAGUCGCAGCAUGGAGGCUAACCUCCAGAGCUCUGGUAUGUCAUCCAGUCAGAUGCGAGGCAGUGGCCAGUCCCAUCUGUCCAUGCGGGUCCCUGUCAAAGCCAUGGGCUCCAUGCCGGGGGCCCGCCAGCCCUACAGGGGCCUGCCUGUAGUCCAGAGUGGACCCAAUGGAGGGGUACGGAGGGUCCAGUCCACAGGGCCUGCCAAUGGGGGAGCCUACACAGCCGGGAGAGCCUCUACUGGGGGUGGGAGGCAAGCAGCAGCCCCAUCCUCAAGGAGUAGACUGGCCCAUCCACAUAGAAGGUCUAUGGGGAUGACUAGAACGAAUGGCCCAAUUUCAAAUGAGUCGUGGCGAGAUGGCUGUUACUGAGGCAACAAGGGAACUUCCUCCACCUCUCUCCUUUACCUCACGUUUUUAUAUAAACACCAACUUAAUUGCCUCUGAACGUACCCCUGUAGGCAACACCAACUUGUCUCUGACCAUACCGCUAGCCUAUGAACAUACCUCUGUAGGCUGGACCACUGUAGAUGAACAGAGCUUCCCUUGCAUGCAGAACCCUAUUACCCCACGGAUACACUGGAGACUGGACCUGGACAGAGCUUCCCUGGCAUGGAGAACCCGAUCACCCCACGGAUACACUGGAGACGGGACCUGGACAGAGCUUCCCUGGCAUGGAGAACCCGAUCACCCCACAGAUACACUGGAGACUGGACAGAGCUUCCCUGGCAUGGAGAACCCGAUCACCCCACGGAUACACUGGAGACUGGACAGAGCUUCCCUGGCAUGGAGAACCCGAUCACCCCACAGAUACACUGGAGACGGGAACUGGACAGAGCUUCCCUGGCAUGGAGAACCCGAUCACCACACAGAUACACUGGAGACGGGAACUGGAUAGAGCUUCCCUGGCAUGGAGAACCCGAUCACCCCACAGAUACACUGGAGACGGGAACUGGACAGAGCUUCCCUGGCAUGGAGAACCCGAUCACCACACAGAUACACUGGAGACGG